UAAACUGUCCCGGCGGUUAAUGGCAACAAAAAGAAACAAAUCGUCCAAACGGAUGUGUGUAAAAAGCCACGAGCGCUUGUAGUGAUCACUAAUCACGGCGGUGUUUAGUUGUUGUUGUUGUUGUUGUUGUUGUUGUGUUUGAGGCGUGUGUUUGUUAUGAAACCACUCAUGUAAAAAGGCUUUGGUGUGUUGUUGUUCUCUCGAGCUUUAGCAGACGUAAACAAGCCCAAAUGUUUUGGUGUGACCUUGAUGUGACCCCGUGAUGAAGAUCCAUGGCAAAAUUCUGCACCAUUACCUGUCCAGCGGUGCACCUGAUAAAGAGGGAUAUCUCUACAAAAAAGGAGAAUUGAACACGUCUUACCAGAAACGUUGGUUCUCCCUCAAGGGGAACCUGCUGUUUUAUCGAGAGCGGCAAAGUGAGCGCGAUCUUCUGGGUGUGAUUGUGCUGGAGCGCUGCAUCGUGCAGCUCUGUGACUCUGAAGAGCUCUUCGCCUUCUCUGUGUCAUUUUACGGCGACACUGAGGACACAGACGGACUGCGCACCUACAAGUUCUCGGCCGAGGACCAGGCGAGUCAAGAGAGUUGGGUCAAAGCGCUCCACUCGGCCCACCACAGCUACCUCGACCUGCUAGUGCAAGAUCUGCACCAGCAGUACAUCGAAGCAGCAAGAAACGCCGGAAUUGAGCCUGUGGACAGCAAGUCUGCAAAGGAAAUGAUGAGCAAUUUUCAGAAGACUCACAAGCUCUCAGCCUCAAACUCUGUCUUUUACACACCAAACGAAAACCAGAUGCUACAAGCCUUGUCUAGUGGAUGCAAGCAAGUCGCCAAACGCUCGCCUAAACUUUGGCCCAAGCGGCACACUCUCGGUCCUGCACCAAGCGCUAUGGAGAAGGUGGAGCCCAUGCAGGACUUCUGCCAACUGCACGAGUACUUCGGAAAGGAGGUCAGGCAACUGAUAGCAGAGUGGCAGAAGAAGAGACUGGAAAAGAUGAUGCGGGCUGAAGGAAAUCUGAUUGACUUGGGGUAAAAAAAAAAAAAUGCUGAAACUUGUUACACUUAUCUGAUCUUUUAAGUUCAAAAUAAUGUAAUUAUUUUAACACAUGGUACUGAUUAUCACCCAACUCUAUUGUUACAGUAAUGCCUAGCUGAUUUUUCUUUGUUAAAAAUUUUUUCAAAAUUGUUAAAUCAUUCAUUUUUUUUAAUAAAAUAUUUUAUCUCUUUGUUUUAUCUGUUUUUUUUUAUAUUUAAAUGUAAUAAUAUAUAUGUUCCGUUUACAAUAUUCUGUUCCGUUCCACCCCUUAAAAAACAAAAAAGAAGUAUUUAAUUACAAUGAUUUAAUUGCUGAACAAUAAUGUUUUUUAUUCAUUAAUCAUUGCUUUUUUCUGUUUAGUCAUAGACACUGUUCUGAAUUUAUUUUAAUAUUAUUUUAAUAAAUAUUAUAAAAAAAUCAUUUUAUAUACAAAUAUUUUGUAAUUUUAUGUAUGUUUUUUAAGCAAUCUUUAAAAAGUAUUUCCAGAGUUGACACUGUUCCAUAGAUGAAAUGUUAACUGCCAUUUUCUUGAAUCAAUAAUUAUUGGCACCCUUUGUGAAAACGAUCAAAAA